UCUGCCGGUGCUGUUUUCAUUUUUAGUUUAAUCGUUUACAAAUGUGAAAUUUUAUUGUAAAAAUAAUAAAAACAAAAAUAUUAAACAUCAAAUCAAACAAAAUAAUAAAACUAUAACAAAAUGCCGCGUAUUAUGAUAAAGGGUGGUGUGUGGCGUAACACCGAGGAUGAAAUCCUUAAAGCGGCUGUUAUGAAAUAUGGCAAAAAUCAAUGGUCACGUAUUGCCUCACUGCUGCAUCGAAAAAGUGCAAAACAAUGUAAGGCCAGAUGGUACGAGUGGCUAGAUCCCAGUAUCAAAAAGACCGAAUGGUCGCGUGAAGAAGACGAGAAAUUAUUACAUUUGGCCAAGCUAAUGCCAACACAAUGGCGCACCAUAGCGCCUAUUAUAGGACGUACAGCGGCUCAGUGUUUGGAACGUUAUGAGUAUUUAUUAGAUCAAGCUCAACGCAAAGAAGAUGGUGAAGAUGCUGCUGAUGAUCCACGCAAGUUGAAGCCUGGUGAAAUUGAUCCCAAUCCUGAAACAAAACCAGCCAGACCGGAUCCCAAGGAUAUGGAUGAAGAUGAACUGGAAAUGUUAUCAGAAGCUCGUGCUCGUCUGGCCAAUACCCAAGGUAAAAAAGCCAAACGUAAGGCACGUGAAAAACAAUUAGAAGAAGCUCGUCGUUUGGCGGCUCUGCAAAAGCGUCGUGAAUUACGCGCUGCCGGCAUUGGAAGUGGCAAACCCAAACGUGUUAAGGGUAUUGAUUAUAAUGCAGAAAUACCCUUCGAAAAAAGACCUGCCCUGGGUUUCUAUGACACCUCUGAAGAACACAUUGAUCCUAACGAUCCAGAUUUCAAUAAAAUGCGCCAACAAGAUUUAGACGGUGAAUUGCGUUCCGAAAAAGAAGAACGUGAACGAAAAAAAGACAAACAAAAGCUAAAGCAACGCAAAGAAAAUGAAAUGCCCACGGCUAUGUUACAAAAUUUUGAGCCAGAACGGAAACGUUCCAAACUUGUGCUACCAACACCUCAAAUUUCCGAUCAGGAGCUGCAACAAGUUGUCAAACUGGGACGAGCCAGCGAGGUGGCCAAAGAGGUGGCUAUCGAGAGUGGCAUAGAAACAAACGAUGCUCUGUUGGCUGAUUAUUCCAUAACACCUCAAGUCACUGCUACUCCCCGUACACCGGCUCCCUAUACAGAUCGCAUUAUGCAAGAAGCACAAAAUAUUAUGGCUCUUACACAUGUCGAAACACCGCUUAAGGGCGGCUUGAACACACCACUACACGAUUCAGAUUUCUCAAGUACUGUACCGAAAGGUUCAUCUAUAGCAACACCUAAUACGGUUAUAGCAACACCAUUUAGAACCCAGCGUGGUAAUGAAAAUGGUACACCUGGCGGUUUUGCUACACCCAUGUCUUCGGCCCUGGUACCGGUAGGUAAAACGCCACGUACUGAAGGUUCACAAACAGUGGCUUUAGUGCGUGAUAAGCUGAGUAUUAAUCCUGAGGAAAAUAUCAGUGUAGGAGAAACGCCCGCUCUAUACAAAAAUUAUCAAAAACAAUUAAAACACACACUACGGGAAGGUUUAGCCACAUUGCCAACUCCCCGCAAUGAUUACGAAAUUGUGGUGCCUGAUCAAGGCAAUGAAGAUGAUGCCAUGGAUAGUUUGGAUGCCGGUGCAAUGGUGGAGGAUCAAGCGGAUGUUGAUGCUCGCAUAGUGGCGGAACAGGAAGCACAGCGUAGGCGAGAACUGGAAAAACGUUCGCAGGUUAUUCAACGCACUUUGCCACGUCCCACAGAAGUCAAUACCAAGAUUCUGAGACCUCCUUCCGACAAACAAAAUCUAACAGAGCUGCAAAAAGCAGAAGAACUGAUAAAACAUGAAAUGAUCACAAUGCUUUUGUUUGACUCCACAAAAGAUCCAGUACCCGGACAGUCACAAGCCAAAAUGGAUCAAUUACAAUCAUACUUCAAAGCAAAUCCCUAUGAAGAAGUCUCCAAAGAUGACCUCGAGAUGGCCAAACAAAUGCUGGCCGAGGAAAUGGAUGUGGUAAAAGAUGGCAUGGGUCAUGGUGAUUUAGCGUUAGAUGUCUAUUCACAAGUGUGGGAAGAAUGUCUCGGCCAGGUGCUGUAUUUGCCCUCACAAAAUCGUUACACACGCGCUAAUUUGGCCAGUAAAAAGGAUCGUUUAGAGUCGGCCGAACGUCGUUUAGAACAGAAUCGUCGUCACAUGGCCAAAGAAGCUAAACGUUGUGGAAAAAUUGAAAAGAAACUAAAAAUUCUGACGGGUGGUUAUCAGGCCCGUGCUCAGGCGUUAAUAAAACAACUUCAAGAUACUUACGAACAAAUUGAACAAAACACUUUGGCUUUGUCGACAUUUAAAUUUUUAGCUGAACAGGAAUCUGUGGCCAUUCCCAGACGUUUAGAGUCUUUGCAAGAGGAUGUGCGCCGUCAAAUGGAGCGUGAAAAGGAAUUACAAACAAAAUAUGGCAAAUUACAGGAAACUCUAGAAGAACUGCAACUAAAUAAUUAAUGAAAAUUACUAUAACUUUAUUGGAAGAUAUAUUUAAAAUACUACAAAUUAAUAAAAAAAAAUAUCUAAUGUUUUAAAUGUAAA